CGCGGCGCGUGUUGGUCCCGGGCCGGGGCUGCGGGCCGGCGCGUGAGCGAGCGCGGCAUGGGCGGCUCGGGGCGCCGCGCGGGCGGCGGGGGCCCGGACCCGGUGCGCAGCUUCGAGCGCUGGAAGAAGAAAUACACCAAGCGCAAGAACAAGCUGCGGCUGCAGCAGAAGCAGCGGAAGCGGCCGGAGUGGGAGGUGGAGCGCGAGGGGAUCGCCCGGCUGGAGCAGCGCUACCCGGAGAUAAAACCCAAUGAAAUUGAAAGAUUUUCAGAUUUUCCAUUGUCAAAGAAAACAUUGAAAGGUUUGCAAGAAGCACAGUAUCGCAUGGUAACUGAGAUACAGAGGCAGACUAUAGGCUUGUCUUUGCAAGGUAAAGAUGUACUUGGAGCUGCAAAGACUGGAUCAGGCAAAACCUUGGCUUUUAUUAUCCCAGCUUUGGAAAGGUUAUAUCGCCAACAGUGGACAUCGAUGGAUGGAUUGGGAGUUCUGAUAAUAUCGCCGACGAGGGAACUGGCAUACCAGACCUUUGAGGUUCUGCGUAAAGUGGGGAAGAAUCAUGAAUUUUCAGCUGGCCUUAUUAUUGGUGGAAAGGAUCUGAAACAAGAGGCCAACAAAAUCCACCAUAUAAAUAUACUUAUUUGCACGCCGGGUCGGCUUCUACAGCAUAUGGAUGAAACUUCAUAUUUCCAUGCAUCUGAUCUCCAAAUGUUGAUUCUCGAUGAAGCUGAUAGAAUCUUGGACAUGGGCUUCGCUGAUACUAUGAAUGCGAUUAUAGAAAAUCUUCCUAAGAAACGCCAGACAUUGCUUUUUUCAGCGACACAAACCAAAUCAGUGAAGGAUCUUGCACGACUGAGUUUAAAAGAUCCGGAAUAUGUUUGGGUUCACGAAAAAGCAAAAUUCAGUACCCCAGCAACUUUGGACCAGAAUUAUAUUGUUUGUGGGCUGCAGCAAAAAAUAAACAUGUUGUAUUCCUUCAUGAGAAGUCACCUGAAUAAGAAGAGCAUUGUGUUUUAUGCAAGUUGUAAAGAGGUUCAGUAUUUGUUCAGAGUGUUUUGUAGGCUCCGCCCUGGCAUACCUAUAUUGGCUCUCCAUGGCAAACAGCAACAGAUGAAAAGAAUGGAGGUCUACAAUGACUUUGUUCGCAAGAAAUCAGCAGUGCUUUUUGCUACAGAUGUUGCAGCUCGAGGGCUGGAUUUCCCUGCAGUGAACUGGGUCAUUCAGUUCGAUUGUCCAGAGGAUGCAAAUACAUACAUUCAUAGAGUGGGAAGAACAGCCAGGUACAAAGAAGGUGGUGAAGCUUUGUUAGUACUGCUUCCCUCUGAAGAAAAAGGCAUGGUUCACCAACUGUCGCAAAGAAAAGUACCUGUCAAUGAAAUCAAGAUCAACCCUGAAAAGCUUGUAGAUGUCCAAAAGAAGAUGCAGGCUUUUUUAGCUCAAGAUCAAGAGUUAAAGGAGAGGGCUCAAAGGUGUUUUGUAUCCUACUUGCGUUCAGUCUACCUAAUGAAGAACAAAGAAGUUUUUGAUGUGUUUAAGUUACCUCUAGCAGAAUAUGCCCACUCCCUUGGCCUUGCAGUGGCACCUCGGGUUAGAUUUCUUCAGAAAGCCCAGAAACAAUUAUCUGUGAAUGAGUCACUGGAAGGAAAAAACCACCCAAAGGGGACAGGGCAGUGUGAAGAUGCAUGCUCCUUAGUAAGCGAUGAAGAGGUGGAGGAAAGCCGAACUCAUUUUAAAGAAAAGAUAUCUACUGUUCAAAGAAUGAAAGGAGAGGGAAAAAAAAAAGAACCAGAGGAAAAAGAACUCCCCAGCAAAGUCAUUGACAAAGAGGGCGAUGAGUCAGGGGAAUUAUCUGAAGAGGAAGAAGUUCCUUCAAUAAACAAGAUUCCAAAAGCUGAAUCCAUUAAUUUCCUUGAGGAUGAUGAUGACGACUUUAAAGAUCUUGAUUUGCUGACAGUGAAACGGCAGAACGUUUUUGGUUUGGAAGCUAAAGAUCUUGCAGUAUUGAAUACCUCGAAUUCAAAAUUGAAGAAGAAAGCUACUAAAACCAAAGAAGCCAAAAAAAUAUUGAAGAGGAAAUUUAAAGUCAACACAAAAAUUGUCUUUACUGAAGAUGGGGAGUUAGUUCAGGAGUGGCCACCAGCACAAAAAUCCAAUGUGGACAGCGAAGAGAAGGAAGAUGAUUCUGGUGGCAUCAACCUAGAUAAAGCAAAGGAAAGAUUACAGGAAGAGGACAAAUUUGACAAAGAAGCAUAUAGGAAGAAAAUUAAAGAAAAACAUAAGGAGAAAAGGCUGAGAGAAAAGGAAGCAAGAAGAGAAGCCAGGAGGAAAAGCGAGAAGGUUGAAGAGGAAGCUGAGGCCUUUCUGGAUUAUAGUGGAAGUGAAGAGGAAUUUGACCCAAGCACCCUUCCAGAUCCUGAUAAACACAGAGGCUCUGACCAAGAGGCUGAUCUGGAUAUUGAAGACAGCAAUGGUGAGCUUGAGGAGAAGAAUGGAACAAGGAAAAGAAGCAAGAGCAGCAAUAAAGCAGCAGCAGAAGAAAUGCCACUGAGAAGGAAAAAGGCUAAACUUAACAAUGAGGACUCUUUUGUGCCAUUAGAUACGGGGCUUUCUCUGACAGAGGAUGAAGAACUCGUACUACAUCUGCUCAACAGUCAAAAAUAAUUAUUUUACCCCAGUUUUUUUCCUAGGUCAUCUUUGCUCUUAUGUCAGAAGUCUGCACAAAAUCAAUCUGGCAUCAGGGCAGACGGGUAUCUGCGGACAUUGAUAAAUGAGUUUCAUGAACAAUGGACUUGCCUCAGAUCAGAUAUUAGAUUAUAUACAAGGUUAUUCUUUUCCAUGACGUAUAUUCAGGAUGGUUGGUUUGGGAUUAUAAAGAUUUCCAAGCCAAAUUUCCAAUCUAAAUCCCCUGAUGACAUUUUGUUAGUAGCACAUUUAUAAUUGAAAAACUCCAGGUUUGAAGUAUUUGUUGUAUCUUCUUUGUAAAAUUUAAGCUUGCUUCAUAACAAAAGCUUAGUGUGCUCCAGUCUGAAUUUUUCUUGACUUUUGGCAGGUUUGUAAUCUCAAAAUAUAAAGAAAGUGGAUUAAAACUAUUAAAGAAUAAAUAUUUUUCCAACCUCAAAUGGUGAACAAUAGAUAUUACUUAUUAAAUGAAAUGCAGAUUUGUUUUUACUGUAGGUAAUACACGUUUAUUUAAAAGCUCCUGAAGUUUUUGAAAUAAAUUGUAUGUAUAUCUCUUUAGCUUCCCUAUGAAAACAGUUAAACUUCUCCAGCCAGUUCGCAUUUCCAUUAUA